CUUCAGAGGGGGUGGAGGAACUUUAGAGCCUCAAUGAAACUUCUGUUCGAGUGUGUGUGUGUGUGUGUGUGUGUGUGUGUGUGUGUGUCAGUGUAAUUGUGGUUGUGUGCAAUCAUUAUCAUGCCACCAGUGUGUGUUUGUUUCCAGCUUUCUUGCUGGAAAAAAAAUACACCUUUGGUGUAUCGACAUCCGGAAGGAAGUGAUGCAAUGAUUUCAAUGGAGCUUACAUAUAUACAGUCAUGUUGAGGGAUUUCCUUCAGCAUUCGAACACUCUUAGCUUUUACUGCCACCAGCUUUCAUGCAAGGUUCAGAGUCGGCUCAGUCUGGAUUCUGCUCACACUGACUCAACAAGGACUACUGGCACCAUUUCCAACACCAACUCUGAAUCUAACCGUCUGAAAGGUAACUGAUUCACAGUUAUAUAUGUACUGCUUUUGAUUCAGUGGUGACUGUUAUAUCUAAAUGUUGAUUUACAUUUCUAGAGUAUCUGUUGAAUGUUUUCAUUUGUCUACAUUAUCAAGGACAACAACCUGAGUAUGAUCAUUGGCGCUCAAUUUGUAACCAGUCUCCACAACAUGUUUUUACAUGUUCAGAUUUUCUAAUAAUCUAAGCUUUUUUACUGGUGAUUUGUGCUCAUGUUUACACAUUUUUACAAUCUCAAGGUAUCAAUUAUCUUCAGUAGAAAGGUAUUUAUAAAUGAACAGAACAAAAUUGUUAUAAUAUAUAACAUUGAUUUUCAUAUUUUAUGUCCACUACAGAAUGAAGGUUACAUUUGUCACAUUUUGUCUGAUUGGAGCAGUUUUUGCCAACCCAGUAAGUAUGAAAACAAGAGUAUACAACUCUUCAAAAAUACUGUUAAGAUGUAAUAUUCUGACAUGAAAUGUGAUUAAAAAGACAUAUAGUUUAUUCUACAGAUGAAAUACUGCAGUGUUCUGUCUAUGUUAAUUUAUUUACACAUGACAAUCUUUUUUUUUUUCGCACAAGGUCGAUUCUGUAACCUCAAUUGCACUAUUUUUAAAAUGCAUUUCGUGCUCCAAUAAAAUGUGAGCUUUUCCCCUCUGAGCAAGUAUAUCUGCACAGCAGGAUGCCUCCUAUUUAUGGUGCAUUAUAAAGAGUUCAAAUGACUUGAUAUGAAUCUAAAACGAUUAUGAGCAAAUUGCCAUGUAAAAUACUUUUCCUCCUCAUGAAUGUGAUCUGUGAUUUUCCUCUGACAGAUUUCAUUCAGUGCAGUUUUGCUUUCAAGUGAACUGGACUCAAACUCAGACUCAAACUCAGUAAGUAUUUUCCAACAUCAGUUUAUGUUUUACCCCAUAUUACAUGUUGAUUCUUGGUUGACUUAACACAGUUUACACAUCAUAUUUUUGUCUGACAAGGUCAGCAGAAAACUUGACAAUAGCUGCUGUUACUCAAGAUUUCUCCAGACAGUUACCAUUUCUCAGACUAUUGUUUACAACACUGAGAGUCUGGGCUCGUUUAUGUAUUUUACUCUGUCAAAAUAAAUGGAUCUUGAAUGACUGUGAUAAAUGUCUCGAAUGUGAUAAUUGUUAGCAUUGCAGUUGCAGGGUAUAAUUAAGCAUAAUAUGGUUAGUGCUGCGGCUGGUGCUUACUUGUUUAUCUCUCUUAGACUGAAAGUUUGUCUGUUUCACAAUCAUCUGAAAAUGACACCUCAGAGAUUCAGGUAAAGUAUAUAUUUUAUUCUAAUGAAGAUUCGAUUAUUGUUUUGAGAUGCAGUUUUGGAUUUUCAUGGGUGUGUAUUCUUGUCUCUGUUUCAGAGCUCCGAGGAGAACGUCUCAAAUCCAGUAAGUUCAUUUAAUUGGUUUCUGCUCUGCAAAAAUUGAGAAAUCAAGUGAAUAAUUUUGUUUUAGACUAAUCCCACAAUGUGAUAUAAAUAUUGUUUACAGUCUGAAUUGUUUUAUCUUUACAGAGCUCAGAGUCACAAUCAGCAGAAUCCACAUCUGAAGACACAGUGGGUUGACUUGAUUUCUUUUAGCGUUAGUUUCUUCAACACUACUUUACUCUUAGCAUGCUGUUGUUGGAUUCAUAUGCUGCAUAUAUAGUUGCUGUUUUAAAAUAGUCUUUAAAAUAAAGAGGAAGCAACAUUGUGUUUACACAUAUAUGGCGGCAAAUGCAAUUUUGAUUCUGCUGUAGUGUUUAAGUGUCGCGUUAUUCACAGAAAUGUUGUUUUUCCCUUUAGACCUCAGAGGAGAGCAAUAGCCAGUCAGAAGAGAUUGAUGGGGUAAGACAGAUUCACUCAAGAGUUAGAUCAAAUCUACCUCAUUUCUUCCUAUCAUGGAUCACACACCAUCCUUUUGGUUCCCUCUUUCUUCAAGUUAUAAUAUCUAUUUCCACAGUCUGACUCCCUGGCUGAAACCAGAGAUGACAGCAUGGGCAGUGAGGAGAAUGUCAGAAAGGUAGGAUAAAAGCUUUCCACAUUCACUCACUCACUCAGUUUGAAAGUUUUUCCACGUUCGCUGUGUUGAGUUGCUUUGUAAUUUCUUUUGUCUUCUUUUUCUUGGCAUUAGAGCUGGGUACAAGUGUUCGCAAGUGUGAUCAAAAUCCUGAGCGCAGAGGACAACAGCACAGAAGUCAAGAGUCAGUCCAUGGAGCUCACUGGGAAACAGCCUCCUCACAUCGCCACUGGCACUACCCUCAAGCACAAAAACACAGCUCAAGGUCACACAGACCUGCAUCUGGUGGAGGCUAACACAGACAGCAGUGACACCACCAGCGACAGCUCAGACACCAGUGACACAUCUGUCACCAGCGACAGCAGCCAGAGCACCAGCAAAGAAAGCAAUGAGUCCAUGGAGAGUGAGGAGAGUGACAGCAGUGAUGCCAGCAAAAGCACAGAGGACAGUAAUGCCAGUGACAGCGCUGAGCUGAAACAAAUCCAAGACUGUGUGAAUGGGACUCAGAGCUGUGAAAGUGAAGAGUAUUUCUUUCAAGACAUAGGGGAUGAUGCACAUUACUCAUUGGACAACCUGAUGGUCCCGGAUGAUGAUGAAAGGGAGUUAAUGCUGAGGAGAUGAUGGCAUGUACUUCAGUGUUUUUAUAAGUUUACAACUAUGAACUACAAAGUCAUUAAACUACCAGCGUGAACACUUCAGUGACAUAUUUGCUCGUACCCAUUGCUUCUGAAUGUUGACUGUUACCUGCACCUGAUUUAUUCUGUGUUGAACUAUUGUAGUAACGAUUUUAUUGACAAAGCAUUUCAGUUUGUUUUGAUAUAAUAAACAAAUAAUACAAUCAUUGUUUCGGGUGAUGCAUGUUUAAGAUAACAUGUCAGCCAUAGGCCAUGCUCAAAAAAGCUAUUAAAUGCAUACAAGCUUUUUGUUAAGUUUUAUACUAACAGGAAGCAGGGCAGUAGUAACCUUUCAAGGUAAAUUGGUCCAAAAGACACGACCAACGUAAAGUCUUAUCAUUCUUCAUAUGUUGUUUUUUCAAAGGGCAACAUGGCCGGUUAGCUCAGUUGGUUAGAGCGUGGUGCUAAUAACGCCAAGGUCGCGGGUUCGAUCCCCGUACGGGCCAGUAGUUUUUACCUUUUGGUUUCCUUUACAACUUGUCGAUCAUCCUCCUGUCACCAUCUCUGUUUCAUUUCUGGUAAACGACGACUUGAAUGCCGAUAACUUGCCAAAUCCUACAGCGUUUUCUUUCAGGCAGCUCUCACCUCAGCAAAAAUAAUCACUAGAUGGCGACAGAGCACUGACAGUAAGAGGACAAGGCCUCUGCUCAACUACAAGUUUAUCUGAACAGUUUUAAAUUAAUACAACACAGGAACCAAUGAAAUUUAUCAGUAUUAACUAAAAGACGGUUAAGAAAAUGUCCACCUAGCAUUAUCUGUAAACACCAGAGAGGAACAGAUAACCAGCCGCAUAAAUAGUUUUUGUGAACUAUCAAAAAUUUUAUUACAAAAUAUUGAACGAUGCUGGAAAAUUUAACAACAUUCACAGCCUCAAGUUUUGGAGGAAAAAAAAAAACAUGGCACAGAUGAGCCUCUACUGAAAACAACUGAAAAAUGACAGGUUGGACAAUAUGGUUCUGUCAUAUUAAAACCAGUUUUUAGAGUCUAACGCUUUAACACGAUCAACAGGCAACAUCUAUGCCUCAAAACAGUCAAAUGUUAAACAAAUUAACAUCUGCAGUGUUAUCUUUUCUCUGAGGUGUCUGUCUUAGCUGGGGAAGUGAGAUUUCAGGUGCUCCUUCAGGGCUGGUAUGGUGGUAAGCUCUUUUCCACACAUGUGACAUCGUAGAGGUAGUUUCAACAACUCACUAGCACCUUCUUUGACAGUGACCCUCCCAUUUGUUUCAAGCAUUUGAAUCACAUCUGCAGAUUUGGAAAAAGAAAAUAGAAAAAUAAAGACAGAUUUGCAGUGAUGGACAUGCUGAAAAACUUGCAUUUGAUUUCCUCUUACCAUGUGACUCAAUGAAGUAGUCAGUCGUGAAUGAGUUCCAGUGUUUCUUGUUCUUCAAACACGGAGAGUCGAAGUCUUGGCUGAUCACAUGGAGAUGUACAUGACUGUAAAAGAGGGCAUGAAGAUAUAGAUAGUCUGGGCCAAGUUUCAUUUGUGUAUUAAUUAGAAAUAGGAGAAAUUGAAUACAUUUGACUUAUGAGGCAAGCAAUUCAAUCUUGCUACCUGCUACAAAGAAAACUCCAGACUUCACUUAUUACAUCUCUAGCCAACAAAUCACUUUUUAUCAAUGAUGUUCUAUAAUUGUACAAUUUAUUAAGUAAUUAAUUUGUUAUAUAAUUUUACUUUUCUUGAAUUGAUUCUGUUUCUCUUAAAAUUAAUCCAUGCUCUGUUAGUGUAAAUGUAUGCACUCUGCUUUUUAUCAGUUUGAGAGAAUCUUAAAUAUUUGUGCGUAAAGUACAUUGAGUUUGCUUUGAGUAUGAAUCUGCCUCGAAAAAGUAAUUCAAAUACAUGAUAUUGCAUCACUGGGUCAACAUUUUUUCCACAUAAACAUUAAAACUAAAGACAAAAAAAACAACACAGCCCUUUCAUGUGAUGUCACUAUCCACAGUAUCAUUACGCACCUCAUACUGGGGAUGGCAUGGUAUCCUGUGCGGAAGCGCAGAGAGCUAGCAUGUGGGCACUGUUGAACCAUUUGGUCCGCAACCUUCUGCAUGUGUUUCAGCAGGUCAGUGUGCUCCUCACGCAGCACCCUCAGACUAGAGAUGGACUGCCAUGGUAGGACCAGCCAGUGGUAGCGCGCUUUGGGAUAUUUAUCUUUGAUUACCACUACUUUUUCAUCUUUGUACACCUGUUAGAAAGAGGUUUUAAAAUGGUCAUUCUCAGUCAAAGUCUUGCAGUCAUGAUUAAGGUAACAGUGACUGUAAAUGUGUUUUUUUAAAACAUUGUUACCUGCAUCUUUGGGUCUUGCAUUGAAGUUUUCAGACCUUGACUCCAAUGACCAAAACUUUCCUGUCGCAAAUGUAAGGUACGCAAGUUUUUUAAUAAAAUGUAACACAAGCACAUCAAGUAUAAGUUAAUACAAGGAUAUAUUCUUAAUGGUAUUUUCUUCUGUCUCUUACAUUGUUUCUUGUGGUUUCUUCAUUUUUGGGCUGCACAGGCUCCUUUUCUGUUUGUUUGGCUGCUUUUGUACCUUUUGUACUUGGAACCUCCCUGUCCAUCAUCCUGUCCUCUGAGGGCUCUCGUGGUCUCUUAGAACCACUAUGGUUCCCACUUGGAUCCUCCUUGUACUGUACAGUAUAUGGGAAGAGCUGGUUGACAAUAAGAAGCUGCUGUCCGGGCUUCAUUUUGACCUCAUUUCCUUUACCAAUCACCACAGAGUCAACUGAGGUCGGGUUCAAGCCAAGCUUUGAAAUAAAGAAAUGGGGAAAAGAUUAAGGAUAGUGGAUUACCAACUGAAGGGCAAUCAAUGCUGUUAGUCAUAGAUUAGGUUGUAGUUAUUUAGUAAUGCUCAGCCUAACAGUUGCUUUAUAAUCUAUUACGAUGUUCACUCUGAUAGAAACUAUGUUUCUCUUACCUGUUUAACUUUGACAUAUCCUUUGUUGCAAUCUGCUUUCAGUUCAACUGGUUGAGACGAGAUAACAUUUGCAUUUGUUUAAAUUUGUCUCAUUUAGAAGAUUUUUCUAACUUGAAUGUACUUGCUUUCACACCACUUAACAGUAGUUUUGGCUUUAAACUUAUCAGACUCAAUAGGGUACGUCGAUAAAUUAAAGGGAUAUUCCGGCGUGAAAUUAAUUUAGGGUCGAACACAUCAUAACACUGAGUCAGACACCCCCUCGAGAGAUAAAUGUUGCCGACCGCUUGCUUCUCUAGUUACACCAACUUAAGUAACGACCACACGAUAGCAAUACACAGCGGUCUGAGGGACCAUAAACAAACCUCAACCUAAACGCCACCCUAUAGCCACAAAUAAUGCUCAGAGCAGCACCUAACUUCAUCAACAGUACAUUUAGGGUCCCAGCCAUAGCACUAGCCACCAAACAUCUUUUAAUUUUGCCUGAUUUCUUUAGCGAAGGGACUAAACACAACUCACCUACUCUCUUCCAGCAGACGCUUGUUUGUAAGGAGACCUCAACCAGUCCAUUAUGGACUACAGUGACACAGCUCAAGGAAGAACAUUUAUGAUCAUUUCUUCAUGGAAAUGCAAUCAGACCGAGAUGCUUAGACAGAAGAACUACUGUGUCUGCAGUGCAAAAUGAUUAAUAUGAUGAUUAUUACUUCAAGGAAAUGAUAAAGAAAUGAUGUCCAUGUAGAUUCUCAUUCAUCCAGGUCAUGGUUUUCUUGAAGACUUAAAAAGCAGCCAACUGGACAGUGUAGAGUCCAGUUGGCUGCUUUUUAAGUCUUCAAGAUAAAGAAAUGAUCAUAAAUGUUCUUCCUUAAGCUGCUUCACCCCGCUAUAGUCGGUAAUGGACUGGCCUGAGGUCUUGCUACAAACAAGCGGCUGCUGGAGGAGAGUAGGUGAGUUGUGUUUAGUCUCUUUGCUAAAGAAAUCAGGCAAAGUUAAAAAGAUGUUUGGAGGCUAGUACUAUGGCAGGGACCCCAUAUGUACUGUUGAUGAAGUUAGGUGCUGUUCUGAGAAUUAUUUGUGGCUAUAGAGUGGCGUUUUGGUUGGGGUUUGUUUAUGGCUCCUCAGACCGCUGUGUACUGCUAUCCUGCGGUCGUUACUAAAGUUGGUAUAACUAGAGAAGCAAGCAGUCGGCAACAUUAAUCUCUAGAGGGGGUGUCUAUCUCGUUGUUAUGGUGCGUUUGACCCAAACUUCAUUUUACGAUGGAAUAUCCCACUAGUCACUUUUUCCACUGUCCUCUGGUAUUUUUUAUCUGACUGUGGACUCAGCAGGUGUAGCAAACAUAAACAUUACCUUGGUGCCGCGAGCAUUUUUUGUCUUUAAUAGUCGUCUCUGGACCUCGACCCAGCACAACUGGCUGUAGAUGUGGCAGUCUGAUGGGACUAUGAUUGCCCUCCUCGCUGACGAGCCAGCAAGUAGGCAUUUUAUCAUCUCUUUUAGCGGAUCUACCACCGGAGCUGCAGGACUGCAGCCACACGCUUGUGUUGGUGU